UCCUUCCCCUGACAUUCUGGAGCCUGCAUCUCUUCCCCUGCUCUGUCUCCAACAGCCACCUGUCUGACAACCUUCUCACAGCAAAGAGCAGAACAGUGGGAUCUCAGGAAAUCCAAAUCUCAGCCUCUGAGGAAGAAAGACCUGACACCAAAAACAUGAGGCAGUGGGCAGGUGGUUCCUCACAGCCUCCAUUCCAAAGGCUCAUUAAAACCCAGAAUGAGAAGCACCAGCAGAGGAGAGCUGUGGGGCAGAGGGCUCCCCCACCAGAGGAGGAGGACCCCAGGUAAAUGGAGGCCUGGAAAAGUCAGGACCCUGGGGGCAGCAUGGGUCAGAGUCUGGCUCAGGUAUUGCUGAUUUGGCCUCUACAACUCAAAUAUCCUGUUACGACCCAUGAAGGUUGGGCCUGGGACCUGCUCACAGGUCAAGUGCAAGGACUGUGGGGCCUUUGGACGCACUUCAAGGAGCAGAAGAUGCCCCUUGAAGUGUUGGGAUGGAGCACUGGCCCCACAGCCCUUGGGCCCAACGAAGGAGAAGGAGAACCAGACACCAAGGCAGCUUGAGACUCUCCACAACACAGGAAGCUUUAACCAGCCCGAGAGACAGAAGGACCAGGGACACAGGCAAGAAGAGCAGCAGAGGAAGGCUCUGCUCCAGAGAUUUUCUAGGAGACUUUGGGGGAGGCAGCAAUCAAAUUGGAAGGGAGGGACAGAAUCCAGUGCCCAUCUGAGGCAAACCAGCAGGCCACCGCCCAUCCAAAUACCCUGCAAGAGUUCUGUCCUGGGCCCUGUAUUGGAGAGUCAGCCACCUGUCAAGAACACUGAUGAGAGACCCAUCCUCCCUACAGUGCAACCCUUCCAAAGAAAUGAACGGAUUCCUACUCCAUCCCUGUGCCCAUGAAAGGACAGGAAGUAGCCAUCACUGGUACCAGCCAGCCAGCAGUAAGGCAGUCUGGCCAGAACACUGCCUUCCAUGUGAAGGGAGCAGAUGAAAAGUCAGAGGGCAACAAUAGCUGAUCACCAGAAGCUCUGUCUUUGCAGCCGUGUCCUGGCUUGUGAUGGGAGGGCUUGACUGUAGAGUAUGUCAGUGGAAAGCAUUGUGAACAGUUUCCUUGAACUUACUCAUUGUGCACAUUUAUUUUCUUUGCAAACAUGUACUUAAGUUUCAUUUUAAUCCUAAUAAAAGUCUGUCCAUGUUUUAUUGUGUCCAUAGUUUGAGUGUCUAGCUGUUCACAUCCCACUCAAAAUGAUUUCUCUCCUGCAAAGUACAUUUUCUGUGCACUGCUGCUCAAUUUGCCUGACUUGUUACCUCCCGGGUGUCUCAGAUAUUGUCAAUUCAGAACACUCGUUUUGAGCAGUGAAGUACGUGUCACUGCAUUUUCCCUUAUACCAUAAUAAAGUCAUGAAAUCGUU